UUUAACCUUUCAAUUUUCUGAUCACCUGCUACCAAAACCAAAAACGUAACAAUCAUAAACCUCACUAUUCUUGAUUUUUCCGAUUGUCCGAUAAAUCCUCAUCGAAAAAGACGUACAGAAAUUCGUGUAUGUAUAGGUAGCUUGUGGUUUAGUUAACCCUUUAAUGAAGGUUAUUAUGGAAUGUUCUUUGGCAUUAAUUCAAGGUUAAAGCUAUCCCUACACUCUUCGAUCCGCAACUCUCCACUAUCUCUGUCUCCCUUUUUCUCUUUCUUUAAAGCUUCAAUUUUUAUUCCUCCUUUUGUAUAUUUUGGAUUGGAUUGGAUAUUUGGGAGUCCAUACAACUCUAGCGUACACCGUAAGCCGCUGAGAUAUCACAACACUGAAGGCUCACUAUUUUCUCAGCGGUGAUGCGAGAUGGCAACGUUUGGGGAUAUAGGGCUAGCAGCAGCUAUAAAUAUUCUCACUGCAUUGGCUUUCCUCAUAGCCUUCGCCAUACUCAGGCUUCAGCCGUUUAACGAUAGAGUAUAUUUCCCAAAAUGGUACCUCAAGGGUUUGAGAAGCAGCCCAACUCACUCAGGGGCAUUCGUAACAAAAUUUGUCAAUGUGGAUUGGAGAUCAUAUUUGAGAUUUUUGAAUUGGGUGCCAGAUGCACUGAAAAUGCCAGAACCAGAGCUCAUUAGUCAUGCAGGAUUGGAUUCUGCUGUCUAUUUGCGGAUUUACUUGCUCGGACUGAAGAUUUUUGUUCCUGUGGCAUUGCUUGCAUGGGCAGUCCUGGUACCUGUCAACUGGACAAAUAACACUCUGGUUAAAGCUAAAGCAACUGAUAACGUUGAUUUCAGCAACAUUGACAAGCUUUCUAUUUCAAACAUUCCACAUGGAUCACAAAGGUUAGGAGCAUUUUUUUCUGUGCUUCUGUCAUUAUCUUCACAUCUUUCUUUGGAGUUGGGAUUGAUGUAUGAUUCUGAAGGCAAAGAAACUUCUUUGGCAUUUGUUGGUUCUGGCUUAAGCCCUUCGACUAAAAAUGGGGUUCAAUCUAUGUACUCCAAUAGGGUCUUGUUAUCUCAUAUCACCAGUGACCCAUUGUUGGGCGAGGACAAGCCUGCAUAUUUCAAUGUUAAAGCGUACAUAAGUUACAUCAAACCCGACCAAACUAUGUGGUAUCGUGCUUGCAAGACUUGUACCAAGAAAGUCACGGAUGCUAUUGGAUCCGGAUAUUGGUGUGAAGGGUGCCAGAAGAACGACGAAGAAUGCAGCUUGAGAUAUAUAAUGACAGUAAAAGUUUCUGAUGCUAGUGGUGAAGCCUAUUUCUCUGUUUUCAACGAACAAGCAGAGAAAAUAAUCGGAUGCUCUGCAGAUGAACUUAACGAGCUAAAAUCCCAGGAUGGAGAAAGUUCUUAUCAAUUGAAACUGAAGGAAGCUACCUGGAUUCCACACCUUUUUCGAGUUAGUGUUACUCUACAAGAAUACAACAAUGAGAAAAAGCAUAGGAUAACUAUCAGAGCUGUUGCUCCUUACAAGGAUUGGACUCACCUUGAAGAUCGACACGCUCGUUUGGUGGAGAUUUUGAGAAUUGAAUUUUUUAUCGUUGGAGAUAAAAAUACUUAUAUGCAGGUUGUCUACAAUGCCAAUAAACUUGCAAAAUUAGUGAAGGAGAAAAAAGGUAAACAAAAUUGGCUUGACUAUUACCAGUUAAAAUAUUCAAGAAAUCAGUCAAAACGGCCUAUGAUGAAGACUGGUUUUCUAGGCCUUUGUGGAGAUCAAGUUGAUGCAAUUGAUUACCAGACAGCUGAAAUCGAGAGGCUAUCAAAAGAGAUAGAUGAAGAACGAGAAAGGGUUAAAACAAAUCCUAAGUGUAUCAUGCCCGCAGCUUUUGUCUCCUUCAAAACUCGAUGGGGUGCUGCUGUUUGUGCACAAACACAACAAUCUAGAAAUCCAACAUUAUGGUUAACAGAGUGGGCUCCAGAGCCACGUGAUGUCUAUUGGAAUAACCUGGCAAUUCCCUAUGUUUCAUUGUCCAUUAGGAGGCUUAUUAUUGCUGUUGCCUCCUUCUUUCUCACAUUUUUCUUCAUGAUCCCCAUCACAAUUGUACAAUCUCUUGCAAAUAUCGAGAGUCUUGAGAAAAGAGCAUCGUUUUUGAAGGUGAUUACUGACAUAGGUUUCAUCAAGUCUUUCAUCCAAGGUUUUCUACCUGGCAUUGCUUUGAAGAUUUUUCUCAUACUCCUGCCGACAAUAUUAAUGCUCAUGUCCAAAUUUGAGGGUUUUCUCUGUAGAUCAGCUCUGGAGAGAAGAUCUGCCUUUAGAUAUUUUAUCUUCAUCUUUGUGAAUGUUUUCCUUGGGAGCGUCAUAGCAGGGACUGCAUUCCAACAACUUGACAGUUUUAUUAAUCAGUCUGCAAAUGACAUUCCUAAAACAAUAGGCGUUGCAAUCCCAAUGAAAGCAACGUUCUUCAUUACUUAUAUAAUGGUUGAUGGAUGGACUGGGGUUGCAGGGGAGAUCUUAAGGCUGAAACCACUUAUAUUCUUCCAUUUAAAGAACUUUUUCUUGGUGAAGACUGAAAAGGAUAGGGAGGAGGCAAUGGAUCCGGGAAGUAUUGGUUUCAAUACAGGUGAACCUCAAAUACAGUUGUAUUUUCUUCUAGGCCUCGUCUAUGCUGUGGUGACGCCAGUUCUGCUUCCUUUUAUAUUGGUUUUCUUCGGCCUCGCGUAUGUGGUAUUUCGCCACCAGAUCAUAAAUGUAUACAACCAACAGUAUGAAAGUGCUGCUGCAUUUUGGCCAGAUGUCCAUGGACGUAUAAUAUUUUCUGUGGUCUUUUCACAGCUAAUCCUAAUGGGACUAAUGAGUACAAAAGGGGCUGCUCUUACAACGCCAUUCCUUAUUGCACUUCCUAUAUUGACCAUCUGGUUUUAUAGGUUUUGCAAAGGCCGCUAUGAACCAGCUUUCAUCAGAUAUCCUUUACAGGAAGCAAUGAAUAAAGAUACUUUAGAACGUGCAAGAGACCCAAACCUUAAUCUGAAAUCCUAUCUUCAAAAUGCCUAUGUCCAUCCCGUUUUCAAAAAUGAAGAGGAAGAUGAAGAUGCCCAUGAAAAGUUCGAGAGUGUGAUAGUACCAACCAAACGCCAGUCUAGAAGAAAUACACCUGCGCCCAGUAAAAUCAGUGGCGCUUCCUCACCAUCAUCACUGCCAGAUACUGUUCCAGAAAACUUACUCCCUUGAUAACAAAUGAAAGAUCAGUUCCUGUUUGUACAUUAUACUUUGCACGGCAAGUGAUUCUGGAAUGUAUACGAGUGUAGAUAGCUGAGUUUGUCCUGAAGGAAGGAGUCAUCCUGUUUUAUUCAUGUUUGUAUGUUGGGUGUGCAGUGUGCUUAUAUAGUGUUUGAGAGAACUGUACAGUGUUGUCGACUCUAACAUACCGAACAUGGUAUGAAAUUUUAUACAUUCAUGAAAGUUCACUUUUGAUACAUUCCAAACAUAUUCUGUUA